UCCACGGAGGUAGACGAUAUGAUCCGCAAGUCGACAAACCUGCUGCUGACCAGAACCCUCAGCCACUGUCUGCAGUACGCCAUUAAAAAGAAGAAUGUCGGGCUGGCAGAGUUGGUGCAGGUGAUCAUAAACACCACCUACCUGGAGCAGAGCUGCCACUUCCUGGAGGAGUUCAUCUCAAACAUCACUAACGUCCCGCCUGACACGGCAAACGCCACCAAGCUGUACGGGACCUCCACCUUCAAGGACGCUCGCCACGCAGCAGAGGCAGAAAUCUACACCAACUUAAACGCCAAAAUCGACCAGUUCCUGCAGCUGGCGGAUUACGAUUGGAUGGCGGCGGUGCAGGGAGGCGGGACUCAGGACGCCAGCGACUACCUGAUCGACCUGAUCGCUUUCCUAAAGAGCACCUUCAGUGUCUUCACCAACCUGCCUGUAAGUACCGACACUCAGAGGCAAAGACACGUUCACGAGCAUUCAGAGAAAAAGAGCAACACUUAAAAAUGAGGAUUAAAAACUUAACACAAAGAGUACAAUAUAGCCGACUAUGAAAUAAUUUGAAAAGCAUGAAAUAAACAAACAGAACCGAUAAAACUAAAUUAACCAACUGAAUCUAAAUGUACCCUGAAAGUUUU